AUGACUGAACGAAACCUCCCCCCAUCUCAGACCUCCCAACCCCCGGAUUCGCAAGCCCCCGGGCCCCGCGCAUCACGUCUACUCCAGGUCUUCGAUCAAGCCCUGGCGCGUACACUGCGAGCAAACUCUUACUCCAACUUUGCUAGCUGUUUCCCCACGCCUGCCCGUCACGUCCCUGCGAGCCUGGAGAGUGUAUGGAGACAAUUGAAUGCGAAGCUGGAGGAAAGCGCGAAGUCUGAAUUCGAGGAGAUCAUCGAGGAGAGGAACGCCGUGGCGCAUCUGAACGACUUGGACCGACUAGUCAACGAGGCAAAGGCUAGGAGGGGCGCCGAAGGGGAUGCACCGCCGGGAGAUGCGCCACAUACACUAGGCGCCGAAGAACUCUACCAAGCGCACCUUACGCCAUAUCUACAGGAGGCGCAAUCGUCACUCAACGACAAGAUUGAGACUACCAACGCACAGAAUUCCGCGUUAGCGCAGACCGUGCAGGCGCAGAGGCAAGAGAUCGAGAAGCUCUUGUCUCAUCUUGAAUCGGUCGUUACGGACAUAGAGGGGGGCUGCGAAUGCGGCCACCCAAUUUAG